AUGUCACAAGAAGAGGUAUCACCACAAGUAGACACUACAAUGUCUACUGCCGAACAAACUAAAAAAUCCUUUAUUGAAAUUGUUAAAGCAAGAAAAGCUGCUUUAGAAAAGAAAAGAUUGGAACAACAACAACAAGGGGAACAAAAUAAGUUUGACCAAAAGCAAGAUCCUCCUGUUCAAGAAGAAAAGAAAGUUUUGACUUUUGCUGAAAAAUUAAGAUUAAAGAAGCAACAAAAGGCCCAACAAGAAGCCCAAGCUCAAUCUCAAUCCCAAAAUGAAACUGAGGUAAAAGCUGAUGACAAUGCAACAAAUGUUGGAGAAUCUAGUGUCUCUAAUUCUACUGAAGAGCAAAAUUUUCAAGAAGAACCAAAAAAGGAGGAAGAAGAAGAAUCUUCCGAAGUCAACAAUGCGACAGUUCCAGUCGAAUCUAGUACUACUGUUGAAAAUCAAACUAACAAUGAAGUAAAAGAAGAGGAGGAAGAUUUAGAAGGUAAGAUGACUGUUACUAAAUUAUUAGAUAGAUUGAACGAAGUCCCACCAAUUGAAGAUAUUUAUCUAUUUAAGUAUCCUGAAACUUUUGAAUCGCCUGAUCCUAAGUAUAAGAAAGAACACAUUAAAUACACUUAUGGUCCAGCGUUCUUACUUCAAUUUAAAGAUAAUUUAAAUGUUGUUGCCGAUUCUAAAUGGGUUCAAUCUACAAGAUCAAAGAUUAUCAUCCCACCAAAUAUGACUAGAAAUAAUAGAUCUAGAGGAAAUGGUGAUUCAUCUAAAUUUAGUUCUCGUAGUAAUACUAACGACUUUAGAUCUAAUUCUUUCAGAAGUAACGAUUCCAGAGCAAGUUUCAAGAGAAAGUCAAGAAGAGAUAGAGACAGAGAUAGAGAUGAUAGAAGAUCAAAUAGAAAUGCUUCCAGAAGAGAACGUUCUGAAAGAAAACCAAAGGAAACUGAAGAACCAAAGAAAAAGGAAGAAGAAGAACCGAAAGUUGAGGUUGCUCCCUUGGUUCCAAGUGCCAAUAGAUGGGUUCCUAAAUUUAGAGCUAAAAAGGCAGAAAAGAAAUUGGCUCCAGAUGGUGUCACUGAAUUGCUUGAAAAGGAAGAAGUUGAAAGAAAGAUGAAAUCUUUAUUGAAUAAAUUAACUUUGGAAAAAUUCGAUCCGAUUUCAACUGAUAUUUUAGCUUUGGCUAAUUUAUCUAAAUGGGAAACUGAUUGUGAUACUUUGAAAACAGUUAUUGAACAAAUUUUCUUAAAGGCCUGUGAUGAACCACAUUGGUCCUCUAUGUAUGCUCAGUUAUGUGGUAAAGUUGUUAAAGAUUUAAAUUCAGAAAUUGUUGAUGAAGCUAAUCCAGGUAUAACAGGACCAAAGUUGGUUUUACACUUCCUUGUUGUCAGAUGUCAUACGGAAUUUGAAAAGGGUUGGACUGAUAAAUUAUUAACAAACCCAGACGGUACACCAUUGGCUCCAGAAAUGAUGUCUGAUGAAUAUUAUAAGAUGGCAGCUGCUAAGAGAAGAGGUCUUGGUUUAGUCCGUUUCAUUGGUUAUCUAUACCGUUUGAAUUUAUUGACUGGUAAGAUGAUGUUCGAAUGUUUCCGUAGAUUAAUGAAAGAUCUAAAUAAUCAACCAUCAGAAGAAGUUCUUGAAUCUGUCGUUGAAUUAUUGAGUACUGUUGGUGGUAAAUUUGAAAAUGAUAGUUUCAAUGCCGGUGCUGCUACUUUAGAAGGUUCUGCUCUACUGGACAGUUUGUUUGGGUUAUUGCAACAAAUUAUUGAAGGUGAUGAGGUUUGUAAUAGAGUUAAAUUCAAGUUAUUGGAUAUGGUAGAAUUAAGAGAAAGAAAUUGGGAAAGUAUUAAACAGGACCAAGGUCCAAAAACAAUUCAACAAAUCCAUGAGGAAGAAGAACUGGCUCGUGCUUUAAAACAAGCAAACUCCAGAUCUAAUUCUAGACGUUCCAACCGUAACAGUAGUAAUAGGAACUCCUCAAAAAGAGAUGGACCUCCACCUGUCAUUAAGGACAAAGACAAUUUCACUACAACAAGAUCAUAUUCACAAAGAUCUCAAAGAAUCCAACAAAAGGAACCAGAACCUGCUCCAUUACAUACAUCUGCUUCCACUAAUAUGUUUAGUGCAUUAAUGGAUGAUAAUAACAGUGAUGAUGAAUAG